AUGGCUUCGUACUUCUCCGGAUUAUAUGACUUGAUUCAGGGCUUAAGAGGAACGAAUACAACCUUCCUCACAGAACAACACGUCCCCGGCACCGAUCUAACAGGCAAAUGGGUCAUCAUAUCUGGCUCAAAUAACGGCAUUGGAGUUGAGGCAGCAAAGUCCUUCGCAGCAUGGGGAGCGAACCUAAUCCUCGCCUGUCGCGAGCCACCAGCAUGGGAGCUGCAUCCUACAGCGGCACUCAAAGAAUGCAAAGACAUCGCCUCAGCGCGCGGCCAUUCAUCGACCAUCGAAUGGUGGAGGAUCGACAUGGCAGAUUUGAGCAGCGUCGAGGCAUUCUGUCAACGAUGGUUAGAAUGCGACCGUCCUUUAGACAUCCUCUGUAACAAUCCCGGGCUCGCAUCGUCUUCGAAAGAAACUCGCAAAACGAAGGAUGGAUUCCGCUUGGUCCACCAGGUUAAUUUCUUAUCCCAUGUGCUGCUGACGCUCCGACUCCUCCCAUCGCUAGCUCGCAGCGCCGAGCCCCGAGUUGUCUGCACAACCUCCUGCAUGCACCACAUGGGAACCCUAGACCUCGAGCACAUGAACGAGGAAUCUCAGAAUGCGCGGUACGAUUACAGAGACAACAAGCUCUACUUCCAGAUGUGGAUUGCAGAGCUGCAAUCAAGACUCCUCAAGUACCCCGAAUACCUCCACAUCACGAUCAACGGCGUUAACCCCGGAUUUGUGGAUUCGGGUAUUUGGGAAGGUCUGGAGAAAGCGAUCGGACCCUCGAGCUGGCUCAACUUGCUGUUGCGUUGGUUUGCCAUCACGUCCCAACAGGGUAGUUUGGCUAUUACUCAUGCUGCCACUGCUCCGGAACUUGGACCAAACCCCGAGAAACAGGGUGUUGGGGCGGUUAGUGGGCGCGGUGGAGGGAAAUAUAUCAAUCGGAUUUGGGAGGCGGAUCCGAAGUCUUGUUGUGGUGACCUGAAUGCUAGAGCGAGGUUGUGGACUAAAUUGGAUGAGGAGCUACAUUUGCAGGAUAGGGGUCUUUUGACGGUUCUGGGUCUUUGA